GAAGAGUGUGAAGAAGAGGAAAGUGGCGGUCAUGAAGAGGGCAGCCAGGAGGGCAAAGCAGAAGAGACAGCGAGAGAAUGUGAAGGUCUUCUCAGCCAACUCUUACCUGCUGGCUACCCUGAGGAUUGUGUUGCUUGGCUACAGCCAAUCAGGAAAGACCUCGGUGGGCAACACCAUGCUAGGCCCGGAGGUGUUUGACCAGAAGCCCACUGCCUUCUGCGAGUGGCACCACAGGUCCAUCGCCGGCCAGAGGCUCUCUGUGGUCGACACGCCCGGCUGGCAGAAGUGCACUCCUGCCGCGGGCAACCCGUCCCGCACCAUGGAGGAGAUGUCCCUCUCCGUGCCGCUCUGCCACCCUGGGCCCCACGCCGUGCUGCUGGUGAUACGCGCCGACGCGUCGUUCGGAGCCAACGAGGGGCGGGCGGCGUGCCAACACCUGGAGCUCGUUCUGGGCAAGCAGGUGUGGAGACACACCCUGGUGCUGUUCACCUGUGGGGACGGGCUCGGUGGGGUCGGAGCGGGAGACGCGGUGACUGUCGAGCAGUAUAUGGAAAGCGAAGGGGACGCCCUGAAGCAGAUUGUGGAGAAGUGUGGCAACAGGUACCACGUGUUAGACAAUAAAGCCAACAAGACAUCCGGAGCCAACACCCAAGUCCUGCAGCUGCUGGAGAAGCUGAAAGGCAUGGUGGCACUCAACGGCGGCGGGCAUCUGGAGACGGGAGGCCUGCGGACGGAUGGAGCGAGGGAUGGCAGAGGGGUGAAAGACAACACUAGCAGAGAGAGGAGGAAGACGACGAGACGACUGUGGAUGGUUGGCAGAGAGGAUGGAAGAGGGGAGACUAGAGUCCUGUGGAAGGAUGGAGCGAGGGAUGGCAGAGGGGUGAAUGAGCGUAUGAUGCGGUCAGGUGAAGUGAGGUACGGCAGAGGGCUGGAACACAACACUGGCAGAGACGGGAGGAGGAAAGAAAUGCUGGAUGGAAACUGGAUGAGACUGGAUGUCUCUGAGGAGAGCAGUAGGAGCAGGUGUUUGGCUGAGGGAAGACUGCACAGAUUUAGCAAGAGCCCAAGGUGCAGAUACAGCCCUGUACACACAGAGGACACCAUCUGGCCUGAUGGUUUUCGGAGGGUGAGUGAAGAGGACCAGUUGGACAAUGUGUUUCUGGAAGGUUCUCCACAACGUAGAGAUGCGCCUCUCUUCUCCCUCCACGUCCACGGGCCCCUCACGCCCAUCCCUUCUGCUGAGCAGUCACUGGCCAGCUCAUCAACCUCCAUCUCCAAACUGGUCUGAAGUAAAAACAGAGAUGAGUGAUGAGGUAGAAACGGUUCAUCAGGAGUUUUGGUAGCCAUGUCAUUUUAGGAGACUUUAGAAAAUCCUCUGCUGUGCCAUGACCAAGACCAUCCCUAAACUUAUCCUGUCAGUGAAGCAAUGCUUCUGCUGCUUUUCUUUUGCCAAGAACGGCAACAUUUGGCAAAUUUCUAGAUAAC